AUGAAAAACCAGCGACCGAAACCACGUUAUUUCAUGCAAGAUGAUGACCAAGCCAUACACAGAGAACCACCGCGUCACCUUCAACUACGAGUACGUAGUUUUACAGAACCAACUCCACAUUGCACAGCAGACAGCACGGACAGGCUAGUGCAAACAGCCCAGGAGCCAUCAUUUAUUGAAGAUAGUGAAGAUGAAAUACCUGUAAUUUUAAGUUCAAUAUCAACUAGUAUGCCUCGUUUCAGCUCCAUAUAUAAUUCAUUCCAUUCAUCCUUAGAAACGAGCCAUUUAUUAGUGAAUCAACAUUGUGACGAAGAAUUUCAAAUGCAUAAUGAAAACUUUAAUCCUCAAGAUUUUGCUGUGAUGUCGCAAUUGAGUUACCGUCACGAGUGUAAUAUGUCCCAGCCAAUCAUGAUAAGCAAUGAUGAUUCGGAUGUGAUAUUGAUUAAUCUGACGAUAGACCAAGACGAGCAUGAACAUGAAGAAUAUGAUUAUGAAGGUGAGAGAAAUAUAAGUAUUGAAUCAGAUUCAACUGAAGAGUUUGAUAAGGGAAACAUUCUUUUGGGACUAGAGAGUGCAAAAAUCUUGGCACCAAAAGUUGAGGUAGACUUUUCACAGGAACCAAAUGAUGAUGAGAUUUUAGAAUGCUCAACGCAAUAUGGCGAAGAAGAUGAUGCGAUAGUAGUAGAGUCCGAUAAUAUGAAUGUAACACUAGAAGUUGAGGGACAACAGUCGGAGAAAUUAGCGGAGGGAGAGAGAGCCAAAGUUGAACCAACAAUCAUAGAAGAUAGCGAGCAAAGCAAAAUAUCAAGCAAUUACAUUCAUGAAACCGAAAAUGAGGAGAUAUUAGUUGAAAGCUUUCCAGGCGAAAUUAAAAUUGUCAAGAGAUCACCUAAGAAAGAAGAUGAAAAAGAAAGUUUGAGAGCGGGAAUGACCGAGGACAACCGAGUGAAUAAAUCUCAGAGAAAAGAAUUAAGAUCACAAUUGGAUGAGUCUUACCAAAAUAAUUCAGAAUUGAAAAAUGAGAAAGAGAUUGGAAUACCAAAUGAUCAAAUACUGACCAGUUCAUGUCUUGAUAGCAACGAAGAACCAAAUCAUGAUUCCAAGAAAACACUAAAAAAUUCCAUAAGUGAAAAUUAUACACCACCAGCUACAAAUAAUAGUUCCGUGAGUCUGCAAAAUUUGCAUAAUUCGACACCCAAAACCAUAGCUGUCAAUGUGAAGCAAAACACAAACGGGAAAAGAACUAAAGAAAACGUCAAAAAGUCAGUGAAAUGUGACAAUGAACAUGUUAGCAAAGAUAUAACAAAACUGUCUAACAAUAGCAAGUCAGUGCCAACGAAAUCAUCUGCAACAGAAACUGCAACAAGUAACUUAUCACAUUCUAAAACUGCAAGCAACAAGGAAAAUAUAGAUGCUGUUCGAAUGAAUCGAAAGAUAGUUAGGAAAAGAAUUGCUUCAAAACCAUUAUCAGAAAUAUGCAAUCAGCAUCUGAGAUCUAGAGUAGGCUUAUCAAAACGGGUCAAGAUAGAUCCUUUGCAUCAAAAACUAAAGAAUAAAUAA